AUGAAUGCAUCCUCGUCCGAGGCUGAAGAUUUUCGGGACCAGUUUCUCAAUGUAGUCUGGCAGGAUGCGUAUCCAUUAGUAGUGGAGAGUAUGUUAUUGACCCUGCACGCAGUGCUUACCGCAUACUUUAUCUGGCGUCGUUGCAUGGAUCGCAAGACGAACCCGCGCGCUAUAUACAUGAUCUUGAUCUCCCUGACGAUGUUCUCUCUGUCAGCAACCUACUGGGGUCUCGACAUGUACUAUCUCCUGGAAUCAAUAUGGGAUACAGCGGAUCACGUAGCGGGUACAACCGGCCUUGUGCCGAUUUCGGUCGCCCGAGACGAUGAGGCCUUGGAUCUACAGCUUGCCCAGCAAUUCGUCGCAUGCGCUAUUCUUCUGUGCGGCGACUACGUCGUACUUUGGCGCGCUUGUGCUCUAUAUAGGAAUCCACGAUGGUUGUGCGUAGUGUCGCUGGUUUUGGCCGUGAUGAGUACUGCGAUCUAUAGCACACUCGUAGCCUUCCGACAUCAAGAUGUGGGACGGGUAGUCAACAUCGUUCCAAAUCUCAUCGCCACCUUGCUCGUGACAUACAAGACCUGGCUUCAUUGGAAGGAUGUUCAUACGUUGAUGCCGCAGAUGGGCACAGAGCGGAGUGUGAUCGUCUUACUGAUGAUUGUCCUCGAGUCUGGUUUUGUUCAUUCAGCCUUGACGACAUCGUAUGCUAUCAUUCUGUUUGCGAUUGGGGAUGAGGCAGCGAGAUGGCUCUCCUACGUUCUCAUCCCACUCUUUGCGAUGUAUCCGACGCUAGUCGUCGUACUCGUAGCCGCACGCAAGAACUACCUCGAGCAAACCAUAGUGCCCAUCUCGUCCUCCAGUCUACAGCGAGGCAUGGCCUUCGCCUCUGUCAUCCAAGAUAGCGACUACGGGAUACGCACUCGACGCUCGAUGGUCCGACGGAUGGAUAGCGACAUGUCGUCGCGAGAGAGCAUUAUCCCUCUCAACGUCAGUUUCGGCCCCACCUUCGAUCCCGGCGUCGACCUGGACUCGGAUGCGAAGUACGGAAGUGCGUCUGGAGAUCAUCUCAUAGUCAUGGAGCAACCGCUGGUGCGCUCGCGCUCGGCUUCGAUUGUCGCUGCACAGAAGAUGGAUAGCGUGGUCAUCGUCGACGCAGUUGGACAUGGAAGCGCGCUGAGCGAAUCUGACGCUUAG